CCUGUUUAUACAAGUGAAUUUGUUGAGACAUCAGGAAUGGUGACACUGAGAGACAGGCAAUCUGCUGCUGUUAUCAUUAUACAGGCUGUUGAUGACAAUGUACCUGAAGAAAAAAGCUUCUACGAGUUGUAUCUCAGCAAAAUCAGUGAAGGAGGAAUUAUAAAUGAAUCCACACGAUUAGCAAAUGUCACCAUGGCUUCCAGCGAUCUACCAUAUGGAUUGUUUCAGUUUUCACAGACGUUGUUACAAAUUUCAGAAGAAUCACAAUGGGUAAACACAACAAUCUCCCGAAUAGGUGGAAGAUAUGGAGAUGUUCAGCUGAAAUAUCAAACCAAGAAUGGGUCAGCACUAAGUGGCUUGGAUUAUACAAUUACUUCUGGAGAACUCCUGUUUAGACCAAAUGAAACAAUGAAAGUUCUUUCAAUAGAGAUAAAAAAUGAUGUUCUACCAGAAGGUCCAGAGGAUUUUUUUGCUAUCAUCACAGAGGUGAAACUUGUAGGAAGGAGCUAUGACCAUACAAUUAGAGAAAAUGGGCUACAGAUAGAUCAGCCUCCUCUUAUAGGAAACAAUUCAGUGGUACGAAUCAUUAUUCUUCCUAACGACAAUGCAGAAGGAGUUAUCGAGUUUGAUCCACAGUUUACUGUAAUCCAAGUGGAAGAAGAUGUUGGAGUGAUGUUGAUUCCUGUGCUAAGAACACGUGGAACAUAUGGCUAUGUCACAGCUGAUUUGAUCUUCCACAGCAUUUCUGCCACUGCUGGUAUA